ACACAUUUGUCGACGGUAUCACGCAAUUCGCGAUCGACAAUGCUGCUUUUGGAAAUGGACUUGGUCAGGACGACUGCAAUUCUCUUCAUACUUCCGAUCUUGGCCAGUCUUGUAUACAGUGCACUCUUGACACCUCUUCGUAAGAUACCGGGUCCAUCGCUCGCCCGCUUCACGAAUUUUUGGAUAGCCCGGAAGAGUGGAGAAGGCCGCAGCCAUCUAUUUUGGCGAGAACUUCAUGCGAAGUAUGGGCCUUUUGUUCGAACGGGCCCAAAGAGAGUAGUAUUCAAUGAUCCGGAGCUGCUUGCAAGAGUAUACGGAGCCGGAAGCAACUACGUCAAGUCAGACUUCUACGGCAGCUUCCAGGCGGAAAUAAAAGAUGGCACGGAGUAUGAGCUCCCGUCGCCUUCGAGGGCGAAUUUGUUUUCUAACCCAGAUGUGGCAUAUCACAAGAGGAUGAAGGCUGCCGUUGCCCCGGCGUACUCACUCUCUUCCCUCAAGCAAUUGGAGCCAAUGGUCGACGACUGCACCAACUUGUUCGUUGAGAAGCUCAAGCAUUUUGAACCUGAAAGUGUCGUACAUUUGGAUGAAUGAUCUCACUUCUAUGCCUUUGACGUGGUGGGAAUGAUCACUUUCAUGCAACCCUUCGGCAUGCUGGACAAGGGCAGAGACGAUUUCGGCCUCGACACUCACUUCGAUGCCCUGGUAUAUAUGAGCGUCGUCGGACUUAUUCCAGGAUUACACCGCUGGCUUAUUGGUAACGCCAGACUCCUCAAAUUCUUGAACUCGUUUCAGGCUUUCAGAGAGAACAACAUCGCUUUGAAGGUUCGAGAUGUGAGUGACGGAACUUCUAUUAUCAUCUUGUGUCCCGUACUUACUCUCUACAUAGGCAGUCUUCCAAGCGAUGCGCUCCUAUCGCAAAACCAAUAACAACAAUCGUGGCGAUUACAUAUCUUAACUUCACAACGUCCAGUCCAACAACCCAAGCAAACUCAGCGACAGAGACAUUAUCGACAGCCUGAUGAUCAAUGUCUUCGUCGGAUCUGAUACGACCGCCUUCUCUCUCACAGCUUGCUUCUACUACCUCGUUAAGAAUCCAUAAACGUACGCCAAACUUCGCGCCGAGAUCGACGAAGCAGACACCGCAAACAAACUCCCCUCCUGCGUAAGCUUCGCCGAAGCCAACGAACUACCAUACCUCCGCGCAGUCCUUAAAGAAGUCCUCCGCCUCUUCCCAGCCGUAACAAUGCCGCUCGAAAGAGUCGUACCAGCAGGCGGUUUGCUCGUCACCGAAACCGUCCACCUCCCAGCCGGAACCCGCAUCGGAGCAGCACCAAAUGUCCUCAAUACUCUCCCCUCAGUCUUCGGCCCAGAUGCCCUCGAGUUUCGACCCGAGAGGUGGCUGGAAGCCUCACCGGAACAGCUCUCAAAAAUGGAACGAUGCUAUUUUACAUUCGGCGACGGAAGUCGAAUCUGCAUCGGACGACACAUUUUCACAAUGGAAGCUAUGAAACUCGUGCCGCAGCUUUUGAGGAAAUUCGAUUUCGAGUGGGCGGGUGAUGAAGACGAAGAAUGGAACGUUGAAGGGUAUUGGAUGUCGAGACCGAGUGGAUUGAAAGUGCGAAUCAAGGAGAGGAAGACGUGA